AUGACGCAAAACAUUUCGAACGAUUCCCUUCUUUUGCGCAAACUUUGCGGAGUUUUUAAAGUUUGUGCAAACUUUGCGAGGCUGCCUACUUUUGUGUAAAAGUUGCGAGAGCCCUUACUUUUGCGUGAAAGUUGCGGGCUUUUACCGAGCAGAGCACCGUGCUCCUUCUAACCGAAGGCCUGUGUGCCCGCUUCCUCAUCUACUUCACGCCGCUGUGCCCGGCGCUGCGCGGCUACUUUGCCUCUCCGCUGCUCGCCUUCAAACUCGUCAUGAUCGUGAUCCACCACUCGAAGGUGUGCAAAUCGGUGCUGCAAUCGCUGCUCGUGCUCAACCGCAUGACGUGUGUCCUCGUGCCGAUCCGACACUCGGCCACGUGGCGCCGCUCGCUGCCCUAUCUCGUUCCGUUCGUCGUCCUCCUUCCGCUCACCGUCGACUGGAAUCUCGCCAUCUCCCGUGUUUAUAUGCAAUCGACGUACGGCGGCUUCUGGAUGAAUUACAUCAAAAAAGUUAGUUGGGUACGUGAGUGAGCUUUUUGUUGAUUUCAUUGGAGUAUUGUUGGACUAUUUGCAGGCGAGCCAAUCGCGUUUCCAGCUCGUUUUCAUCGUCAUCGCCCUCACCUUCACCGCCGUUUGUACCGUCAUCACUCUCAUCACUCUCAUCAGACUACCCGAGAGAAUUAAGGAAUUGGAGAGGUCGAUCACCUAUGCGAAUCUCAUCAUUUCCGUCGGAUUCACCAGCACCGCUCUUUUUCAGGUUUUUUUUGCUCUGAAUUAACGAAAAAAAGCCGAACACUUCCAGAUCUACUACAGUUUUUUCUUCACCUACACGGACGCUUCGAGUCCUGUCUACGGCUUCAGCUUUUUGACCUUUGAUUUCCUGAAUAUCGGGUAA